AUGGUAGACAUCCUCAAGCGAAACCUCUCCGCCAUCGAGAUGCAACGGUUAGAGACCGAGCGCAAGGAGAAGGCUUCCCUCCUCGACUCUGCCUCUUCCUCCUCUUCAUCUUCAUCUUCCUCUACUUCUCACAAUCACAAACAUCACCAUCACAAGAAGAGCAAAAAAGAUGGCGACCAGGCGCGGCAGCUCACCGAGCACGAGGCGAAGCAGGAGAUCGAGCGACGGCGCGAGGACGAGAAGCUCGCCACGCCCGGCGGCCGGGUCAAGGCCAAGGUCACCGCGGCCUGGCGGCGCUCCGAGGCCUAUCGCACCCUCGCCGCGCACUGCUGGGACCGGCCGCGCAUGACCCUGGCCGACACCAUGCUCCUCAGCCCGUGGCAGAAGUGGAAGAAGUACAACCGGGUGCCGUGGAAGGUGGUCCUCCACGCGCUCAUCUUCAUCGUCGUCACCGUCCAGGUCCUGCUGGCCUACGUCGAGACCUCGCAGUACACGCGCGCCACCCACAACACCUUCGAGAGCCUGUUCCUGGCCACCUCGGACCCGGACGUCACCAGCGUCACCAUGCACACCAUGGAGGAGGUCAUCGAGUCCCUCAAAAAGACCGUCAACACCUAUUACGAUGUGAAUAAUGUGGCUAUCGACAUGUACAUGCAACGGCAUUCAGAUCGAGAUACGUUAGGCGACGUGCGGCCCAUACAACUGCACUACAGCUCCUACUGCCGCAACUUCUUCGUUUUCGAGAACGACACGUGGGACAUCCAGGCCGACGACAUCCAGCAGACCGACGUGUACUACAAUCUGACGCAGGAUGACCCCUUCGGCCCGUUCAACGCGUCCGACCCCGACUCUCUGAACGACGCCUUCCAGCGCCUGGCACGUCCCACUCCUCAAGUGAAGAUGAGCGUGUCGUUUAACUUCAUCAACUUGAACGUGGGCGUGCUGGGUCCGAUUCCGUUCAUGUGGGACGUGCUCCUGCUCUACACGAAGGAGGGCGGCGAGAUCACCCUCGAACUGCUCCUCGACAAGCAGAUAUACUACACCACCUCCAUAGGACUGGAGACGCAGAACCUAUUCACCAUAUUUCAUGCGAUCGUGUUUGCGCUGAACUUCAUUUCCUUCGUCUUUGCCGUGCGGGCCUUCUUUACCAACAUCGUCACCUACCUGAGGACAAGGCGGACGUACCGGGCCAUUCCUCGAAAGGUGAUGAAGCAGGAGAUGUACCCCGCCUGGUCCCGCAUCCCCUUCUCCGUCAAAUUCGAAUUCUUCCCCCUCUGGAAUAUUCACAUCAUCGUAACGUCGGUCUUCCUCAUGCUCGCGUCCGUGCUGGGUCUGAUCGAAGAAUUCGGCUACAAAACGGCCAUGGCGUACUCGAUCUUCGAGGGCAUGGGCGCGCUGGGUGCGUCGGUGACCAUCCUCCGCUACCUCGAAUACUACGAACACUUCUACACCCUCAUCCUCACUCUCAGGCACGACUGCCCACCAUGUUCUCCAUCAUCGAUCUCGGGAUUGCGGAUCGCGCGAUUCAUUAUCUCGGCGUUCCCCAUUUUCUUCGGGUACAUGCUCAUGGGCGUCGUCCUGUUCUCACCCUACUCCAACCGGUUCGAGGAUCUCAACAACACGGCCAUCACGCUGUUCGCCCUUCUCAACGGAGACGACAUCCGCUCUGCGUUCGAGCAGUUGAACGAGAACUACCCCUAUCCGAUCGUGCCCACCAUCUACCUCUAUUCGUUCAUCGCCCUCUUCAUCACUGCCAUUCUCAACAUCUUCAUCUUCAUCAUUGAAGACUCCUACCACGCCGCCAAAUAUUCCCGUCGAACCCAGGCCAAGGGUGCCGCCGCUUACGCGGGCGGACACUACGGGGGCGAUGGCGGCCACCAUGGAGGGCAUGGAAAGCAGGAGAUGGACAUCUUCGCGCUCUUCCGAAUCCUGGACAGGGAGUACAACGUCAACGAUGACGACGAUGACCAAAUCGAACUCGACUCCAACCACUCGCUGAGCGACUCCUCGGAUGGCGAGCAAAAGAAAAGGAAGAAGAAAUCCUCGAAGGAAAAGAAGAAGAAGAAGGCGAGCAAGGCCAAGAAGGAGGCCAAGCCCAAGGCUGCCUCGACCGACGAAUCUUCCGACGACGAAUCCGACGUCUCGUUGGAGUCCGGCGCCGUCGGCGGGCCGGCUCCCUCGAGCUUCUCGAUCAACGGAGGCGAAAUGGUGGCGAACAUUGGCGUGGCCGGACUCCUCCGACAGAGCCUGGGCGUGGCCGGACACAGCGUGGCUCGAGCGUCCGCGCACAGCUACGAGUCGCCGGCGUCAUCGGCGCAAACGCCGCCGCGCCUGCCACGCAUGUCGAGCCGCGACUUCCGCGACCUGGGCUUCAGUCGCCCGGGCGACACCCCGCGCGCCUUCAACUUCCGCAUCACCUACAAGAAGCUCAAGCGCGACUUGAACGAGAUCAUGGAGGACCAGAUGGCCGAGUUCGAGGACGAGCUGGUCGUGCUGACGUCCGAGCUGCAGCUCAAGCACACGGCCCGGCUGCAGAAGCGGGUCAAGGCGCAGCUGCAGAAGACCUUCGAGAACCUCCUGCCCGGCCAGCAUAGCGGCGCGUCCACGUCAUCGUGGGACUCGUAUCGCAUGGGCGCCUCCGAGUACCGCGAGUCGCCCUUCUAG